AUGCUCACCAACCUCUCCCUCGUCGCCCUCUCCCUCGCUGCCACCGCCAACGCAACAGCCGCCAUCUCCAUCCUCAGCCCCGGUCAUGGUGCAAUCUGGUACAAGAACAGCACCGUCUCCCUCAACUGGACCCUCACCGACCCUGCCACCGACAACUACUUCUUCCGGGCAUACUUGUCCAACAAGGAUUCGAGCGUGUUGGAGGGAAAUCACUCGAUCGCCGACAGUACCAAUGCGACAGCAGAGUUUGUCUGGAUCUUGUUGCCGCAGGUUCCCGCUUCCGAAGGGUACACUGUGAAUCUUGUCAACACCACCAACGAAGCGCAAGUGUUUGCGAGUUCCGAGGAGUUUGAGAUCCAAGACGGCAUCGUCGCAUCUACCACCACCUCUUCCUCAUCCACCAACUCCGCAUCCUCUACUAGCGCGGGCAACAUCCCCAACGCCAAGCUCACCACCAGCGCUCCAUCAUCCUCCAACCCAUUCGCCACUGACGCCAGCUCCGCAUCGUCGGGCGCUGUUUUCGCCAUCGAUCUCAACUUUGCUGGGAAUAUUGUGCAUGGCGGCCUGAUGAUUACACUCGUGUGUAUUGGUAUGGGCGUCUUCCUCUAG